UUACCAUAAUCACUUUGGAAUCAAAUAGGUUUUUAUCGAUUAAAGAAUUCAACUUCCUUGCAAAGAGACUAGUUUUAAAAAUAAAUAUUUUCAAUCUCUUUUGAAAUAAAUGAACUUUAGUGAAAUUUUUAUUUUCAAAAUAAUUUUUGUUCUCCAUCGUGCAAUCCCAGUUACAACAAUAUAACAUAUUUAUAUAUAUCCAAGAAAAGCAUUAGAUAUUGUAGACACUAAAGUCUAAAACUAUUGUGUAUGUAUUUGUGUGGAAAGUCUUCUCUGUGUAUUGAAGGUCAGUGCAAUGGAGGAGUAUUUAGAAGAGGAGUUGACAGAGCCAGUGAGUCCCAUGGGACAAUGCUUGAACAACACUUCUCUAUGCUCUUACAUUCUUGCAUUUUUAGAAUUUGAAGUUCCAAUCCAUGAUUUACCAAUUGUCUCAUUGGUUGAAGAUGCUUUUCUUUCCAUCCCUCACUUCACCUCUAUAAUGGUUAAUGAUGAAAGAGGAGUGAAAAGAUGGAAACAAGUUGAAGUGAAGUUGGAGGAACAUAUCAUUGAACCCAAAUUGAUUGAUGAUGGCAUCUCAGUUGAUUUAUAUGACAAGCAUUUUGCUGACUAUAUAUCAAGGAUGGCAUUGGAAAAAUUACCACCAACAAAGCCAUUAUGGCAAGUUCAUGUAUUCAAAUACCCUACAAGCAAUGCUGCAGGAACCUUGGUGUUCAAACUUCACCAUGCAAUUGGAGAUGGUUACAGUCUCAUGAGUGUCAUCCUUUCUAGCCUACAAAGAGCUGAUGAUCCUUCUCUCCCUUUAUCCUUUCCAUCAUCACGCAAGUCAUCUAAACCAAAUAAAUUUAGCAGAUUAUUUCUAAAUAAAAUGCCUCAGUUUCUCUCCAUUCCUUUCAAUUCUGUGUCAGAGUUUGGAUCCAGUCUUCUAAAAAGUACAUUACUAGAAGAUGAUAAAACACCAAUAAGGUCAGGAGUUGAAGCAGUUGAGUUUCGGCCAACCAAGUUAUCAAAUGUCACAUUUUCAAUUGAUCAUAUCAAACAAAUCAAGUCUAAUCUUGGAGUGACUAUAAAUGAUGUGAUUACUGGAAUAAUAUUCUAUGGGAUUAGGCUUUACAUGCAAGAUGUUGACUAUAGAUCAAGAACAUUGAAUUCCACUGCAUUGGUAAUAGCAAGCACAAGGCACAUUAAAGAUUACCAGAGAGUGCAGGAUAUGAUGUUAAAGACUGCAAAGAGUGCUUGGGGUAACCGUAUUACUUACUAUCAUGUAUCAAUACCGAAAUUAGAAGACAUUCCAAUUUCAAAUCCACUCCAAUUUGUCAUGAAAGCACACACUUCAAUCAAGAGGAAGAACAAUUCUUUUGCUCCUCUUUUGGUUACCAAGCUUCUCCAGAUGAAGGUGAAGUUUGAAGGCCCUGAGGUCGUGGCUAAAUAUGUCCAUAACACUUUGAGAAAAUCAAGCUUAAUAAUCUCAAAUGUGGUUGGACCAAUUGAGCAAAUGGCUUGGGCUAAUCAUCCUAUAGGAGGCUUCUCCUUUACGUUGGCUGGAUUUCCUCAGCAUAAUCUACUUUCAUUGUUGCAGAGUCUUGUCAUUACAAUCAUGAGCUAUAUGGGAGUGUUAAGAGUUACCAGUUCAACAGAAGAAGGUUUCAUAGAUGAGCAAAAGUUAAUGCAGUACAUGAACAAGGCCUUUGAGAUAAUACGUCAUGAGUCAAUUGCUAAGGAGAAUAUUCCAAAAUGGAAUGAUUUUUUUUAGUGUGUUCUGUAGUCCUUUGUUUAAGGAUUAUAAAUGUGUUUUGUAUCACAGAUGCUUUGUUUGUUUCACUUGAAACUUAGAGUAUUGAUUAAAAGAAAAAAUGUUUAAUGUUAUGUCUUACCUAUGUACAAUUUAUGUAAACAUGUAUAUCAACCUUGAAAUUUUCUUCAUCACUGUGAAAUUUGGAACAUUUUCAUACAA